AUGUGGACCCUCCACAAGCUGAACACCCGGGACACCUCCCGACGCGGCCCAUCAUCCAUCUGCGACCCACCCGCCAGGCCAUCCGGACCCUCAUCAUCUCGCCAGACCGACACCUCCGCCUUCCCCUGGGAGUUUCCCGCCGCGGAUCUUGAGCGUUUCCCUGCGCUUCGGAAACGGAACUUCUUCUGUAUACAGCGACAUCAGGCCCGGGCGCUUCACUAUGAUCUGAGAUUGCAGCUGGAUGGGGGGACGCUAAGUUGGGCUAUACCCAAGGGGUUGAUAGGGAUGGAUAAGAAGGGGGAGUCCAGUCGGAUGGCUGUGCAGACUACCAUACAUCCCAUUAGCUACACUACACAUGAAGGAAGUGACGGUACCGUCUUCAGCUCAGGUAAAAGAGCCGGAACACUACUGUGGGAUAUAGGCGAGUACGAGAUCACCAAUUCCAGGCGCUCGGUCGGCUCGGACAGCGAAGAUGAGCGGCGAAAGAAACGACGCAAGGUCUCGCCUGAGGCCGAAGACCCGCUCGGAAAGCACGAAGAGGACAAGUUGCGUGAUCGCUUCACCCGGGUCCUUCCUACUGGAAAUCAGCGGACCAUCCGGCUCACACUGAAAGGUGGAAGGAAGAUGACCGGUCAGACGUUUAUCUUCGUACUCGACGUCCAGAACUCUCGCUCCUCCACAUUCGGCCGAGGUGGAGUCCACAAGAAGACGUGGUUUGUCCGCCUCCCGGCCGAUGUGGACAGGUACGACUGGGACCAAGGUGGCGAGGACGGCGAGUUCUGGGGGCGGAGCGUGAAGACCGGGAGAACCUUCUUUGAGGUAUGCUCAAGCGCCCCACGAGCUCCCAAGAUGUUCAAGAGCGAACUGAAGCGGUUCGAGGGGUGGAGCGAGACGGUGGAUGAGCUGGGGACGGAGGAGCAGGUGCGGUUCUCAGUCAAGCUCGUAACUGCCGCCGCAUGA